UCUUUGAAAGGAAAUUACGGACAAACGGUUAAUGGCCAAACAUAAUUCACAGCAGUUAAUGAAAGAGAAAACUUUUCUCUUUUAUUUACUACCAAGAUUUGGGAUUGGCGAGCAACGGUUUGUCCGGAAUUUCCACUCAAAGUGAAUUUUGACAGUUGGAUUUUAGGCCGUAAUCAUAUGUUUGUCGAGAAAUAAUAUAAAAUUGUUUAUAAAUAUUUCUUUACGUUGAUUUAUAAAUUCGCAAUAACAAUCAAAUUAUCUGGCUUCGUGAGUGUGCUUCAUCUUACUGUAAUUUACAUCAGAUUUUGAAAAAUAUGAGUAGUAGCAAAAGAAAAACGUUCGACAAAAUUCCAGAUAAAAUCUGCCAGUACGGAACGGAUUGCUACCGUAAAAACCCAAAUCAUUUCAAAGAGUUCUCUCAUCCUCACUUAGAAUCUAUAUUAUGCGAUUCUCCGAUGAAGGAUAAUUAUCAGAUUCCCGAUGAAUUGUCCACGAGUCGAGAGGUGGUCGAAGAGCAAUUAAAAAUUCUAGCGCAAAUAUAUCCCGAGCUGUUGAAUAACAACCGGCCAUUAGCUAAAACAUCAAAAAAUAUUGGAGACACCGAAACGCGGACUCCAUCCUCUAGUAGUCCGAAAUCUACUCCCAAGGCUAAUCCGCAUAUAUCAACUAGUUCAUCAUCAGUCUGCUCAACGAAAAAUGCUUCUAAAGGUGAUGCCGUCGCCGAUCUAUUUGCUGAGAGACGAGCAAAAAUGACUAAACAGUUUGAAGAGAAGAAAAAGUCCGAAACUAAGCCAUUAAACUGUGCACCAGUUCAGUCGGGAUCGAGGGAUCCUCCACAACAGGGAGGAGUUUCACUAAAAAAGAUAAUACCUCGAAAUAUCAAUGAUUACUAUCCGGUGGUCGCACCCCGUGGACAAAUGGCAAAAAAAUUGGAAGCUGCUGCUCCGUAUAAUUUCUUCCUUACGACAAUCACCGAUGCUAAAGUCACCCAUGAAGAACCGUUGUCGAUAACAUUUCAAGAGUUGCUAGACAGUAGUCUGGGAGAAUUAGAAUCAUCGGUUCAAAUGAACUUUAUGGUUGAUAUUGGGUGGCUUCUGGGGCACUAUUUCUUUGCUGGUUAUGAAGAUCGUCCGCUGUUGAUUUUGUAUGGAGAUGAAACUCCUGAACUAAAAAUGGUGUCGUCCAAGAAACCGAAUGUAACAGCAGUGAAAGUUCACAUUGCAACCCCUUUCGGAGUACACCACACCAAGAUGGGGUUGUACUUGUACAUGGACGGUUCAAUGCGGAUUGUCGUUUCAACGGCCAAUUUAUAUGAAGAUGAUUGGCACAACCGAACUCAGGGACUGUGGGUGAGUCCUAGGCUGCCACCGGUGUCUGAGGACGCAGAUACCGGAUUUGGGGAAAGUCGCACUGGUUUUAGGGGAAGUUUAAUUUCCUAUUUGAAUUCCUACAAAAUAGCUCCACUGCAGCCGUGGGUGGCAAGAAUUCAGAAAAUUGACUUCACAGCUGUUAACGUGUUGUUAGUGGCCUCGGUUCCUGGUGGUCAUUUAAAUACUCCAAAAGGACCACUUUGGGGACAUCCCCGCUUGGGGUAUCUGUUAGGGCAACAUUCAGCACCGGUUGAUGAUACUUGUCCAGUUGUGGCGCAAAGCUCCAGUAUCGGAAGUUUAGGGCCAAAUCCUCAAUCCUGGGUUCUGUCAGAACUUAUGGCAAGUUUCAGACGAGAUUCGGUCCCUAUUGGCUUACGAAGAGUACCAGCGUUUAAGAUGAUAUUCCCUAGCUUCAGCAAUGUGAGGAACAGUCAUGAUAAUCUGCUAGGAGGAGGGUGCCUACCUUACAUGAAGGCCACCAAUGAUAAGCAACUGUGGCUCAAGGAACAUCUGCAUCAGUGGAGGAGUGAGUCUAGACACCGAACAAAGGCGGUGCCUCACAUCAAAACGUACUGUCGGUGGUCACAUCGUGGGCUCUAUUGGUUUUUACUAACGUCUGCAAAUCUUUCCAAAGCUGCAUGGGGUGUGUACAACAAAUCUGCCAAAUUUGAGGCUCCCUUGAGAAUCAACAGCUACGAGGCGGGAGUGUUGUUUCUGCCCAAAUUUAUGAUUGGCGAAAACUUUUUUCCGAUGGAAUCUAAAUCCGAACAGCAGCAUGCUCGGUUCCCGAUGCCGUAUGACGUCCCCAUCAUUCCUUACGCUUCGGAGGACACUCCAUUUUUCAUGGAUUAUUUGAGACAAUAAUUGUGAUGGAUAUUCAAAUUAAAAAAAAAAUCAUCUCAAAUAUUUUUUCAAAUAAAAAACGUUUUUGUUUUGUA